GGACGGCUGUCCUCUUUUACCGUGCCAAGAAUGGCACUUUCAAGAGGGUCCCUCAAAUUAACCAAGCAGGUAUGGAGGGUACUCAGGGAGGCAUGGUAAGAUCUAGGUGAAUUCUAAGCCGAGGCGAGGAUAUUCUAACUUAGUUGGAAGGUCGUAUAUUAUAUGAGCGACGCCUUGUUCGACACUGCGCAAAGGUCGACUGUCACGGCUUUCAAGCCUGGCUUCCGCAUGCUUGUUGGCGAUGCGGUGUUCCGUGACCGCGAACAGGCCAGGAAGUUCCGACAACUAACAUACAUCUGUAUGGAGAACCAAGGUACCAGAGCGCCGGAAUACAUUGGAUUCCCCCCGAAGGCCUGCCGAGGCGGUAUUAUGGCUAACCAUAGAUUUCCGACCUGCUGGGAUGGAAAGAACCUCGAUUCGCCUAACCACCAAGACCACGUCGCUUACCCAGAGUCCGGAACAUUCGAGUCUGGUGGACCUUGCCCUGCUACACACCCUGUCCGACUACCGCAAAUCCUCCUCGAGACCAUGUGGGAUACCAGGGCAUUCAACGACCCCGCAGACUUCGCCGACGGUAACCAGCCAUUUGUAUGGUCGACUGGCGAUGCUAGUGGCUAUUCCAGCCACGCUGAUUACCUCUUUGGAUGGAAGGACACUUCUCUCCAGAAGGCAAUGGAUGGCCAUACCUACGUCUCUGCGCCAAUGCUCAAGACUCAAAGCAUUGCCCAGCAGAACCAAUGCAAAGUUCCUGAUAUGGUGAAAGAGAAUAUCGACGGCUGUAAGUACUCAUCAAUCCACCCAGGAAACGACUUUCUCGAGCUAAACAUGCUUUUCACAGGGUUGACCAGCCUCCCGGGUCAGAAUCCGGUGGCGUAAAGAAAGAUGCUUCUAGAAUACCUAGCAAUGAGAGUGCCCCGACGACUGGGAAUUGCGACUGAAGAGUCAAGACACGGAAGCUUUUUACAUCCACAAUUGACCUUGUUGUUACCUCAAUGCUAUUUUUCAAUGCUGUCUUGCAGUCAAUCAAUAUGGGUUGUAAUAAAUUCGAGAUUUUCGGACCGAGAUUUGCUGGUAAUACUUGACCUCUUUUCGAACGAUACUUUUUUUCAGGUUCG